AUGGCCCCCUUGGGAAUGGCGGCUGUUCGGAGGAUGUCCCAAGCCUUUGGUCUCCUGCAUAGCCCUGCAUAUCGUCUAUUUCUCGCGCUCUCUCCACUAACUCAUCCUGUCAGUCAGUCAAAGCUCUCGCCGACGCAGCUCGACGAGUUGCAACGAGCCACCCAUUUUGAUAAGAAGGAGUUACAGCAAUGGUAUAAAGGAUUCCUCAAGGACUGCCCAUCGGGCACCCUGACCAAGGAAGAAUUCCAGAAAAUCUAUCGGCAGUUCUUCCCCUUCGGCGACCCCUCAUCCUUCGCAAAUUACGUAUUCCGGGUAUUCGACUCGGACAACAGUGGCAUGAUUGAUUUCAAAGAGUUCAUCUGCGCUCUCUCAGUGACCUCACGGGGCAAGAUGGAGGAUAAACUGGACUGGGCGUUCCAGCUGUACGAUAUUGAUGGCGACGGAAAGAUCACAUACGACGAAAUGCUGGCCAUUGUCGAGGCGAUCUACAAGAUGGUGGGAUCCAUGGUGAAGUUGCCCGAGGACGAAGAUACCCCAGAGAAGCGGGUACGGAAGAUCUUCCGUAUGAUGGACAAAGAUGAGAACGGUAGUCUCGACAUUGAAGAAUUCAAAGAAGGCAGCAAACGGGACGAGACAAUCGUCAGUGCCUUGUCGCUUUACGAUGGAUUGGUUUAG